GAUUGCUAGUUCCUGACGGGUUGACAAUUCCUCCUCUUCAAAGCAUAAUGUUCUCCUGGAUGUGAACAAUGAAGUUGAAUAAUGACAUCACUGAUUGAGGAGGAAGUUGCGGAAGUGUGUCCGACUUGAAGUCCUCAACUACUGGGAAGUUUUUGCCUCUCCUGCAAAAUUUGAGUGGAUAAGAAGAAGAGUACGAAAUGGCAGCGUUGUCGCCAUCUUUUCCCGAAGCCGCCAACGCUCUCCCUCUCUCUCUGGUCUUCCCACUUGUGCAUCAGACCCUGUCGUUUCUCCGAGUAUAAAGCACUCUGUCUUGACACCAGCUUCACAUGUCACGGUCUCCCACGCAGCCAAGUCCUUCUCCUCCUUGUGCUUUCUUCGUCUUCUCCCAUGACCUCUCACGGGGUGGCCCUGGCCACGGCCGUGGCCGUCUCCGGUACCGUCAUCCUCAUCGCCCUCUGCCGCCAGAAGCCCUUCUCCGUCUCCGCUGGAGCCGGCGCCGCUGCCGCCGAUAGGAACUCGACUCCCCCUUGGCAGCACCUGCGGUCCUGCAUCUCCUCCUCCGGGAAGACGGGAAACAGAACGAAGAAGCAGCAGCAGCGGAAGAAGAGAGUCCAGUUCGCAGCGGAAGUGGCGGAGUUCAGCUGCAGUGAGCCCCCGGCGGCGGAAGAAGAAAACCAGGAGCAAGAGGCGGCGGAGGAGGAGCGGCCGCGGGCGCCGCCAGGGAUGCCGGCGAACAGGGUGGCCCUGUACAACGGCAUGCUCCAAGAUCGGCUCAUGCAGCGGAUGGCCUGCUGUUACUGAUCCCUCGAUCGCGUCUGUAACCCCUUCCACGGUCAAACUCUCUCUCUCUCUCUCUCUCUCUCUCUCUCUCUCUCUCUCUCACCUUGUAAUUAGCCAUCAAGCUUCUCGUGAGGAAGAAGAAAUUGAACUGGAUUGCUCA